AUGACUGCCCAGGAGGAGUCCACCAUUGAGGUCAAGGCCAACGGCAAAGGCGGUCCCCUUUAUCCCGACUACUUGCCACACUAUGACCCGCUUGAGCAGGUAGAGCCUGUUGGCUCGUUCGAGCAUGAUGAUCCAGGCUUUCGUGCCGAUCCCAAGAUGCCCAACUUGCUCCGGGAAGGUGUCGAAGCUAUCGAGCUGUCUCCUCACUGCGGCACGGAACUGAGGAACAUUCAGAUCUCCGAGCUCUCAAACGCAGGCCUCGACGAGCUAGCACUCCUAUGCGCCCAGAGGGGAUGCCUGGUAUUCCUCAAUCAAGACUUCACCAACCUAGGCUUCGAGAAGCAAAAGGAGAUAGCAUCGUAUUUUGGUCCGCUCCACAAGCAUGGCUGGAUGCCGCAUCCCAAGAACGGGCCCGAAGAGUUUGUCAUCGUGUACGACAGCAAAGACGACCUGCGCAUCCGCAAGUCGUGGUCGCGCAAGAGUCCCGUGCAAUUCCACGUGGAUCAGUCGCCUGAGGUCCAGCCUCCCGGAGCGACCUUCUUCUGCAUGCUUGAGUCUCCUCCCGGAGCGGGUGGUGAUACAAUCAUCUCCAGCACUGUCCGUGCAUUCGAGCGCCUAUCCCCAUCCUUCCGUAAACGCCUCGAAGGUCUGCAGGCCAUCCACACGACCGCCAACCCCAUCGCGCGCGAGAUCCGCGACAACGGCGACGCCGCCGUUCUCCGCCGCCCCAUUACAAAGUCCAUCCACCCCGUGGUCACGGUGCACCCCGUCACCGGCCAGAAGAACCUCUUCGUCAACUCUUCAUACACGCAGCGAAUUGUCGGUUGGGACGACGAAGAGUCGGACUACCUGCUCAAGUUCCUCUUCGACCACAUCAACCGCGGCCACGACUUCUGCUGCCGUGUGCGGUACGAGCCCGGCACGGUUGUCAUCUGGGACCAGCGCGUGACGCAGCACUCGCAGACACUGGACUACCAGGCCGGAGCGAGGAGGCAUGCAUUCCGCCUGACACCCUUGGCUAAUGUGCCGAUCCCAAGCAAGGUGGAGGAAGACGAUGGCGAGUGUCAAAAGGAUGAGGGAAGGAUGUUGUUGAACCUUUGUUAG